AUGCGUUUGAGAAAACCAAUCAAGCUAGAGAAGGGGACAAUCACUCUUGCUUUUCCAUUCAAGGAAGGCAUUAUGAUUGGGGUUGAUUCUAGAAUCACGCGGAAACAAACUAUAGUUUCAGACAAGAAGCAGAAGUUUUUUGAAAUAUCAUCUAACAUAUUUUGUACAAUGAUGGGGAGAGUUCAUGUCUGGGAAAACAUGGCCCUAUAUGUGCAGCAAAAGGUAAAGAGCGAAGAACGUCUUCGCUGUGCACCUGCAACAGUUUCAUAUGCAGCAGAAAAGGCGCUUGAACAUUUAGAGUACGAAUUCAGUGACUAUGAAUAUAUGGAGGAUGAAGAGGAAUUAAUAUUUGGCACUAUCAUCGCUGGAUGGCAAAAAACAACGGGUUUUGAACUUUAUAGUGUUAACCUGGAUGGCAACAGGGCUUGGAAGACAGACUGUAAAAGUUUAAGUUCAACAAUACUAGGAUCUGGUGCUAAAUAUGCUGGGCGUGUUAUGGACUCAGUUAACAACUUCUACGACAUGUCUAGUGAAGGUGCUGCCGACUUUGCCCUAAAAGCACUUUUUAUGGCAACCUUUUAUGAUAAGUGGUGUGGAGGGACUCUACAUGUUUAUCAUGUGCAUGAAAAUGGAUAUCAAGAGAAACGCAGCCUCGAUGCUUUAGAAGUCUACUCGCGAUAUUACAACAUUUACGACCUUUACACAUAUGAACCAAUGACGUUUUUGUUGCUGUAUUCUACAGAUUACCAACCCAUUGCUGGCGAUGAUCUCAUAAACCUCGGAUCAGAUGAAGGGCUAGUGGCAGCUCAUCUUGUAGCAAAGAAGCGAGACUUUAACAUCCACCGCCUCGUGUUCAACUCUGAGAAUGAGGCUUCAACAGCAUACGAAGCUAUUGCUAAAGUUGAGCCUAGAGGUGCAUCUAGGUUCCCGCGUCUGCAAAAUUUUCGUCUUUGUGAAUUAAAAAUAAAGAGUAAAAGAGUUCCAGUAUAUGUCCAAAAAAGCUCAAGCGAAUUGUUGCAAAGCAUAUGCGAAUUGCCUCCAGCUCCAGAGACCAACCAAUGUUGGCUGCCACGCAUAAUCAGAUUGCCUUCAUGUUUCGGGUGUGCAUGA